AUGUGUGACUACAGAACCAUGUGUGACUACAGCACCAUGUGUGACUACAGAACCAUGUGUGACUACAGAACCAUGUGUGACUACAGCACCAUGUGUGACUACAGCACCAUGCGUGACUACAGAACCAUGCGUGACUACAGAACCAUGUGUGACUACAGCACCAUGUGUGACUACAGAACCAUGUGUGACUACAGAACCAUGUGUGACUACAGAACCAUGUGUGACUACAGAACCAUGUGUGACUACAGAACCAUGUGUGACUACAGCACCAUGUGUGACUACAACACCAUGUGUGACUACAGAACCAUGUGUGACUACAGAACCAUGUGUGACUACAACACCAUGUGUGACUACAGAACCAUGUGUGACUACAGCACCAUGUGUGACUACAGAACCAUGUGUGACUACAGCACCAUGUGUGACUACAGCACCAUGUGUGACUACAGAACCAUGUGUGACUACAGCACCAUGUGUGACUACGAACCAUGUGUGACUACAGAACCAUGUGUGACUACAGCACCAUGUGUGACUACAGAACCAUGUGUGACUACAGCACCAUGUGUGACUACAGAACCAUGUGUGACUACAGAACCAUGUGUGACUACAGCACCAUGUGUGACUACGAACCAUGUGUGA